AGACACGGCACAUUAAACAUCCAUUUAAUUAAUGCAGCUGCAACACGGACUAACAAAAUAUAUACUCACUCAUAAAUUGAUUUAUAUUGAAAAGCAGUAUACAGCUCGUCUGAUUUCCUUUUGUCUUUCUUUCACUUUCACAUAGGCUACUGAUCUGAAUUAUACAGCAUGACAACAGAAGACAUGAUCAGAUUAUCCACGCAUAGUGUGGAAUAUUUAGUUGAGCAUCAGUUUGCAUGAAAUGAUCAUAGUCAUAUGCAUAAGUCAUAAAUUAUUCAUAAGAACGUUAUGCAUAUCGGGGUCCAUCAGAAUUUUAUGAAUGAACAUGUAGCACGGACCACAUUUGGUCCUCACAGGGGUCAUAGAUUCAGUGCGCGCAGCUUUGCCACAGUGACUUCUGUUUCAGUCACAUUUCAGUUCAGUCCUGAUUAAGCACUCGCGCGCGGAUGUGCUCGGAGAGCUCGGGUGUCUGUGCGGUUGUGUAGAGGCGCUCCCCGCGCGCGGAAUGGUACGCUCCGUUUCAUUCAUAAAAUUCAGGCGCACUAUAAAUAGCCGCUCGCGGAGCUGAGUGUCACUGACCAGGUUUAAAUAACUUGAAGACAGCGACUCGAAAAUCACAAAGCGAGGCAUCUGGAUCACAAGAGAGCUGGAAUCCAGUCAACAGUUUGUCCGUGCGCGCUGGAGAAAUGUUUCUGAGCAAAGCGAAGAAGACUGAUCCGGACUCCUCAUGCUCUCUGUCUGGGGACACCGGCUCCAGCAAACCCAGCGAUGCCCCGAUGGACAGCAGCACACAGAAUGACACAUUUCCAUCGCAAUCCCAGGGCUCGUUCGUUCCGACGGUCACCGCGAUCUCCAGCACGCCGGACCUGCAGUGGAUGGUCCAGCCGACCAUCAUCACCUCUGUGUCUCCGUCUCCGGGUAGAGCCGAGAGCAGUGAACCGGCACAGAGCAAAGCAGCUGGGAGCAAGGGGAAAAGCUCUGCCAGGAAGAGCAAGGGCGAGCAGCUCUCUCCGGAGGAAGAGGAGAAGAAGAGGAUCAGGAGAGAGAGGAAUAAAAUGGCUGCAGCGAAGUGUCGCAACAGACGGAGAGAGCUCACCGACACCCUCCAGGCUGAAACAGACCAGCUAGAAGAGGACAAAGCUGCCCUCCAGGCCGAAAUCGAGAGCCUCCUGAAGGAAAAGGAGAGGCUGGAGUAUGUCCUCGCCUCUCAUAAACCUCUUUGCCAGCUUCCUGAAGAACUGGACUGCCUGUUUCCAGAGUCUCCCCAGCCGCUCUCCACUCCCGAAACGGCCAGCAAACUCCCCGAGGACGUUCCCCUGCAGGACUUGGAGAUCCCCACGGUACCGUCCACAGCCAUUUCUGGCAACUCCGACAUCCUGCUGUGCUCCAGCGCAGAGGUCAGUCUGUGUGACCUCGAGCCCUCUCUGGAUAUCAAGGACGAGCUUCUGGACCGGAUCUCGGCGGACACGGCCCGCUCCGUCCCAGACAUCGACCUGACCGGCUCGCUGGGCAUCACAGACUGGGAGACCCUCUACAAGUCUGUGGCCAGUGAUCUAGAACCCUUGAGCACCCCGGUGGUGAGCACAUCCACACCCAGCUGCAGCAACUACCUGUCCGUGUUCACCUUCUCCUGCCCAGAGCUGGACUCCCUGGCCGAGGGACUGGACGGGUGCAAGGGGGGCGUGAGCAAAGCAGACACUAGCGUCGACAUCCUCAACUCUCCCACGCUUCUGGCCUUAUAAAUGCAAGAGUAGAUGAUGUAAUGUCACGGCUCGUUCUUAAUAUCUACUGGAUAUCGCAGUGGUAUGAUGUCCAGAUGUGUGAUGUUGGUGUGAAGCCAGAUGUUCAAUGGCUGCAUCUGUGUAAUGUGUGCGGGACGGGGAUUUACUUUCUUCCACAGACAUUUGAUGUAGCCCAAAUACAAGAGCAUGGAUAAUUAUCUUAUGAGCAGAUAUGAACUGUGUUCUGGUUCGAAAAGCAUGCAUGAGACAUCUAUAUUUAGACAUCUAUAUUUAUAUGUACAAUGAUGGCCAGAAUGGUUAGAACACUAGUAUUAUCACCAGAUAAAAAAUGGUUUUAUGUCUAUCUUUUGCUGUAGUGUGUCAGUAGGAGAUAUAGUUUAGAUUUCCAAACAUUAAUUUAGUCAUUAAUAGUAAUAAUGCAGUGAGAUGUUUGUGCUGCACACAGAGAUGUGAUCUGAUCAUCAUCAGUCUGUCUGGAGUGACAUGAAGAAACGGAGACAGACUCAAUCCAGAAGAACAAAAGAAUGUUUGGAUGUAAACUGAAAUUUCCUUCUGACACACUACAGCAAGAGACAGAAAUAACUGACUCAAAACCAUUUUUAGCUGCUGAAAACACUAGUGUUCUAAUGAGCCACCACUGUAAGUAUAGAACAUAUAUAAUAGCAUAUAUAUGAUAUGUAUCAGUUCCAUAUUUGUUUGAUCUGGUGCUAUAAGUUCUGUGGAAUUGACUGCGGUUUUGUGUUUGUUUUCUAUGGCAAUAGAUAUCGACUCGUGUUGUGCUUUAAUAUACACUCAUCAGAGUUAUCGCAUACCUCAGUGUCAUCAUUCGACUGUGUUUCACAUUGUUCUUAAAUGUUUAGAGUUUUCCAUGAAAACAUCCAGUGCUAUCUUGAUGGAGAUGUAUUUUAUGAUAAUUUAUUUUUCUACAUUUUAAAUUUGACUUCGUUGUCAAAUGAAAAGAACGAAAUGAGCAUUGAUUGACGAAUAAAAAUUCAAGAUAUACA